UCUCAGACAACAGUGACGAUCAGAACGACUCUUGGGUGCAAACUCAGAAGUUCAGAGACCGCGAUUUAGUUAAAUUUAGCGAGUCUUGGGUGACGGCAACAUUACUCAACUAAAUCUAACAGUAAUGAUUUUAACUCCUUAAAGAAAGGGAUGCUUUUGUGGCAUUGGGAUAUUGUAAGACCAAUUCGAACGUAUUUUAAUCGUAGAAGACGACUCAGAUGGAAGCGAAACUACACAAAAGGUCAGUGUCCAUCCUGCAAACUUCCGUUUGAUAGUGGCAAAAAACGAUGUGUAGUCGAUUCUUGCGGUCAUGACAGAUGUUACAGUUGUCUUUGUGUUCAAGAUUCAUGCCCCACAUGUAUUCGUGAAGUCGUAACAUACCGAUCAUCGAAAAAAUGUUCUCGAAAUACAGAAAAGGCCGAAAAAAGAAAAUCGAGCGAAACACCAAUGCGUGUAUUGAUGAAUAUAACCAACGAACCAUCACUGAGCGUUCCAAAAGAUUCUGGGCCAUCAGGCAUUUAUCAGAAAGGACAAUAUGCUAAAGGCUUGCCUCAACCGCAGAGAACUACCACGGCCACAUCUUUCGACGAAAUGUUUUUGAGUACACCCGAAUGUUUCAUAAAAUUGAAACCCCUAUACUUCGAAGUUCCUCAACCGGAAAACGAGAAUGCUUUCCUGUAUAGACAAUGGGUAUUUCAAGAGAUCUACAAGGCAGUGUCAUCUAAUCUCCGAGGUGUCGUAUUAGUGGGGGACGAAGGAUCGGGAAAAACUACACUAAUAUUGCAGCUGGUUGAUUGGAGUUCUUUUGGUCGUAAAAGAAAAUCGGGUAUCAUUAGUGAAAGUAUAGCUAGCGAUUUAAUAACGUUUGAAAACCUGGCUUCAAAAGUAGUUGGUUAUCAUUUCUGCCAAAAAGACUGCUCAGAAACAUGCAUGAUAGCAAACUUUGUGCACAGUUUAGCCGCUCAACUUUGUCAAGCUCCACAACUAGUGGAAUUCCGUAAUGUUCUUCUUCAAGAUGUAAGUUGUCAACAAGUCCUAAGUUUAGAAAACUGCAUCGCAGAUCCCGAUACUGCAUUCUCGAAAGGUAUUCUUCAACCACUACGUUCAAUAAAGAAUUCCUCAUUUACUUCAGAACUUCUGGUGAUAGAUAGCAUUCAUGAAGCUGAAAAUCAACAAUGUUCCUUUACUUCAUUCCUAGCAUCGCAUAUCGAAGAAUUCCCUUCUUGGCUCAAGGUUGUAAUUACUAUUAAAAAAGUGGAUGUAAAUAAAUUAUCUUCCUUGCCACUUCAUAGAAUAAAUCUAAAUUUAUCUGAGCUUAAAGUUCAAGAAGAUCUUUUUCGUUAUGCCAGAUGUAGAAUAACUAAUAAUCCAGUGAUGCAAACAAACAUUUCCAGUACCGGAGAUAGCGAUCAAAUCACCAGAUUUGUUGAGCACCUUGUAAAAAAUGGACAAGCUUCGUUUUUGUUUAUGAGGAUUGUAUUAGAUUUAUUUCAGCAAAAUUACUUAGUGAUUAAAAGCAAUACAUUUAAUGUCAUUCCAACCUCUUUGGAUGAAGUAUUCAUGUUGAACUUCAACUUAAAGUUUUCUUCUAUGGUUGCAUUCAAUAAGGUGAAGCCAAUUUUGGAAAUAUGCCUUGCUUCUCAAAAUCCCCUGACUGCUUUGGAAAUUUUUUAUACGUUGGAGUCAGCAUCUGUUAUUCCGAAAUUAAAUUGGUAUGAGUUUACACAGAAUCUUCACUCACUCUAUGGAAUUCUAAUCCAAAGAAAAGAUGAAUCACUAAUGAUUUCUCAUUCUGCGUUGCGUCAUUGGUUGAUAAACAAUAAAAAAUUCGCUUGUGAUAUUAGCUUGGGACAUACCUAUCUUGCAUUAUUGCCAACUAGAAUGUGCUAUCCUCUGACUAAAGAAAAAGAAAUAGAAUUUGUGUAUCAUCUUAGUCGCUGUAAAAUUUUAAAAGAAGACAAAAAACUUUAUUCUCUCUGGUUGAUGCUUUCCCCAAUUGACAUCUUAGACGCCUUUGCAAACUCUCGAGCACUAUUUUGGGUUGAUUCAAAGAUUCUUCACUUGCUCUUGGAAUCUAACGCUAAUCCUAAUUCUAAUAUGGAAGCAACACCAAUAAUUCAUGAAAUUUGUAAAUUAGGAUCUGCAGAACUUUUAACUACUUUUAUGCAGCUGACAGCAGCUACAGAUUAUGCUAAUGAAAUAGGAGCUACUCCAUUGAUUAUAGCAGCAGAGAGAGGACAUUUGAAAGUCAUUGAAAUAUUGAUUAAUAACGGGUCAAAGGUCCACUUACAAGAUAAAGUAGGCCGAUGUGCUCUAAGUUGUGCGGCUGAGAAAGGAUAUCUGGACAUUGUGACUUUCUUGCUGCAGCCUAACAACUGGGUCUCUCUUUCUCAACGCUCUCAGGCUAUUCAGAGAGCUUUAAUAACUGCCUCUGGUGCUGGAAGAUAUGAGAUUUGUAACGAUCUGGUGAAAAUAUAUAACGAUUCAAAUAUGACUCUCAAUAAACUAACAACUGCUUCUAGUGAAGGACAAAAAGGCUUAUGCCGUUUCUUUUUGAGCUUCAGUUCUGCCUCCAACGCUGAUAAUCUUAAGCUUGCAGCUUUUCUGGGACAUAUUUCAACAUUGCAAACUUUAGAAGAUAAAGACAUAGAUUGGAAUAGUAAGGAUGAAUUUCGGAGAAGUGCUCUUGCUUGGGCUUGUAUCAAUAAUAAAACCAAUGCUGUUCAAUUUUUACUUGAGAAAAAAGUGGCUGUUUCAGAUAGGGAUUAUGAGCUAUCAAUGCCAAUACAUUUAGCUGCAAAGCAUGGAAAUGCAGAUAUGGUUCGUUUGUUGCUGCAUAACGGAUCAAAUCCAGAGAUUAAGGACAAAGAAAAUAAAACAGCCUUGGAAUGUGCUUUAACCUCAAACAACUUUUCAACUUCCGUCGAACUGAUAAAAGCAAAUGUUAAAAUCAAUGAUAUUGCAUUUGAUCUCAUAAAAGAGCAACCUCAUUUGUAUUCUGCUUUGUUAUGCAAAGUAUUUUGUGAAGGAGAAGCACUUUAUAAGGAAGGUAAGUUUGUGGAAGCUAUUCGACGGCUUGAAUACGGAUUGAAUAAAUGUUCUCAAGAAAUUUACCAUAAUUUACAGAUUCGUUUUGAUCAACACUAUCGGUAUGCAAAAGAACUUUAUGUCAGAGUAAUCAGGACUGAAUGAUUGAAAAGUUAUAAAUUCUGCUUUGAUGUAUUUUUCCUUCCUUAAUUUAUUGAAUUUCUUAUGAUUGGUUGUGUGACACUUUGGAAUUGAGAGAAAGUAUGCGUGCAGAAGUUUUCUUAUUUUUGUAAAUGCUCAACGACAAAUAGAUGUUGUUUUUCUUCUUAAUUUUGAAAGACUGUAUUACUACAUGAUCUGUCUUAAUAAAAAUUUGAGUUAUAGGUA